AGUUGCCUCUAUUACUUUGUCCAUACAUUGAAGCAGCAGUAUUGAGGUCUCUACAUUACAUAGCCGACAUUGCAUGGCUGAAUAAAGCGGCUUUCAACAUCAAAUAUGUGGAAUUCCAACUGAGAAUCUCAUUUGUAGAAUAAAAAGUACUGCAGCUCCUUCAUUUCUUCAUUGAUACAAAAAAGGAGAUCAGACACUGACAUUGAACCGGAGGAAAUUUCAUCAAGAGAAAGGGGAAAAAUAGAAACUAAAAAAUUUAAAAGAGUAAUAAGCAAUUAUCGGCCUUUUUGCUACAGUGAAGGCAAGGUACAUUUUUAUUUUAGAUCUGAAAAAAUCUCAAACAACUUGAGGAGUACAACUUUCUUUUCUUUUCAUUUUUCCAAAACUAUCUAAUCGAUCGACUCAAGAAAAUCAUAUCUGAGUCGACAGGUUCAAAGUUUGACUGCCAGUUCAUUGGGUUUAACAUCAAUAUGAAGCUGUUUUCAGCUCCUAACCACUCUGGAUUCUGGACCACUUCCCAGUUUCCCGGUUAAAACGACUGCUUUAUCAUUAGUCUAUGCGAAACACCUAAACCUAAAAGUAAGGUCACCAUAUUCUUUUCCGGCCUCAAGUGGUGCUGUUUGUGUUAAGUUCUUUUCGUACUCAUUUAUUUGAGCCCCUCUUUAUUGGAUUCUCAAUUCUUAGCAAUGGAAUGUAGCCCAAAUUUUAAGUCCUGCAUCGUUUGACAGCAGUAAAAUCCCCGUUAUACAAUUCCUCCGCCGUCCCCAAUUUCUCCCUCAGAUUUUGAGUUGCAAUUGAAUUAGUGUUCAGUUACCACAAUUUAUCUUGUUCAUGAAUCAAAGAAGGAUGAUGUACUGGUGAUUAGAUAAAAAUGAGAAGGAAGUGCAGGCUAUGGUGGCCAGUUUAUCUUUGCUCUAAAAAUGAACUCCGCAAUUCCAUGUUCUUGCUCGGUUGGUCUUUUUCAACUUCAGUUUCUUCGAUCGAUAUCAUCGUUGCUUUCGCUUUCAACGAGGCGGAAUUGUAUUCCUUAGUGGCUCCAGAUUUAAAUCUCCUCCAGGAUGCUGUGAUCCUAGCAAUGAACAGUGCCACAGCCACAAGAAUGUUCUUUCAGAGAAAUCUUCAUGCUAAAAGAUCUGCCUCACUUUUCUGCAUCCUUCGUUUGUUCAGUACCUUUGCAUGGAAACUGUUUGCUACAUCAGUGGCUUCACUAGCAACGUUCUUCUAUAUCAUUCUUCAGUUUCUCCAUGUUCUUUAUAGUAGUGUGUCACAAUCAUUUAUAUACAUUACAUUGGAAAAUGUAUUCAGCAACACUCGAAAAAAUAUUCAAAUUCGCUGCUUUCAGCUGUCGUAUUGGCCAAUUUUUCUCCAGGAUCUUGUUAUAAGGUCCCGGCCAUGUGUUGAAUUUGCGGAGAAAGCUGCAUUACAUAGGCACUCAAUGUGGUCUAGCAUUGUAGUUGAUGUUCUUAUUGGAAAUUUGCUUGGUCUUGCACUUUGGUUCCAGGCAGAACGUGCUUGCCAAUGGGUUUCAAACUUUGCUAAUGACAUCACGGACUAUUGGUUGCGUACUGGUUGUGUAUGGCUAAUGGGAAAUCCAGCGGGUUUCAAGUUGAAUGCUGAGCUAGCUGGGAUUCUUGGCGUGAUAUCUCUUAAUGCAAUGCAAAUAUGGUCUACCUUUUGGUUUUUUAUGGGCUUCGUCUUCAUUCAUUUUAUAAAAGGACUUGAUAUAUGUGGGAUUCUUCUUUUUUCAACAGUGGCAGCAGCUUUGAUAAUUGAUGUAAUAUCACUAGUUACCACUCAUGUUUGGACUCUUCACAUGUUUCUUUCACUUGUCUAUUCACAGCAGAUACAGGCGAUAGCAGCUUUGUGGCGCCUUUUCAGGGGCAAGAAAUGGAAUUCAUUACGUCAGAGAUUAGAUAGCUAUGACUACAGUGUGGAGCAACAUGUAGUUGGCUCUCUUCUGUUUACCCUACUUCUACUUCUACUACCAACCACAUCUGCAUUUUAUAUUUUCUUCACCAUUUUGAAAACAGCCGUGAGCUUUAUCUGCAUGGUUGUUGAGGUUGCUAUAUCUUUAAUUCACGCCACUCCGUAUGCCAAUGUAUUUCUUUGGUCAGUCAGGAAGAAAAGAUUUCCAUCUGGGAUUUGGUUUGAAAUUUUAUCUUGUGAACAAACUGCCAUUAAUUACUCAGAGAUCAGAUCUCCGGCAAGAACUAGUUCACCCAGUGGGAAGUUGCAAAAAACAACUGAUACUAGUGGCAGUAAAUCCAGUGUCUUGGUUUCAUUUCUUCACAGCAACUAUUUGACCUUGGGUAAGGCCUUGAGCUCACUUUCUUCUCCCCACCACCAAACUUGUUUGCCUUCUGAUUCUGGUUCUGUUUCCAUUUGCAAGUAA